AUGUUGGACUUAUAAAUACACAUGGGCCUGGGGAGGAGCAUCAGUAGUUAACAAUUAACGCUUAACUGGAAUAUAACAAACCACAACAUAUCACCAUGUUCAAAUUUAUUGCUGUCUGCUUCUUUGCCAUCUUGGCUGUGGCCUCUGCCAAACCUGCUGUGGUUGCUCCUGUGGCCUAUAGUGCUCCCUUGGCUUACACCGCUCCUGCUGCUGCUGCUGUGGUUGGCAGUGCCGCCUAUGUGGCCCCCUAUGCCUCCAGUUAUAAUGCCCACACCGUUGCCCAUUCGGCUGCCUUCCCUGCUGCCUACACUGCUGCUUACACCGCUGCUGCCGCUCCUUAUGUAGCUACUUCACCCUAUGUGGCUGCUCCUUACUAUGCUGCUGCCGCCGCUCCCUAUGUGGCCGCCGCCCCUGCCCCACUGCUGUUGAAGUAAA